CCUUACCCAUCUCCGACGUGCAACAAGCUUCCAAGUCGCGGUGCGAACAACAUCGAUCCUGAAAUCCAGCUAUAGCUCCGCUACAGUAGAUUGAUCAUCGUCGCCGCCUCCUCCCGCAACCACAACAUCUCCCUCUAUCCACUGCGAUUACGAUGAGCGGCAGCUUAGAUCCGGAGCGCGAGCACGCACUCGAAGAAUACAAAGCUAAGUUGCUGGAGUCGAGAGAGUGGGAGGCAAAGCUCAAAGCACUACGGUUGGAGAUCAAGGCCCUGCAGCAUGACUAUGACGUUUCAGAGGACAACAUCAAAGCGCUUCAGAGUGUGGGUCAGAUAAUAGGAGAAGUCCUUAAACAGCUGGAUGAGGAGAGAUUCAUCGUCAAAGCCUCCUCCGGACCCAGAUACGUCGUGGGCUGCCGCUCCAAGGUCGACAAGUCGAAGCUCAAGCAAGGCACCCGUGUUGCACUCGAUAUGACGACUCUCACCAUAAUGCGAAUGCUGCCCCGCGAGGUCGACCCGCUCGUCUACAACAUGUCUCUGGAGGAUCCUGGACAGGUUAGCUUUGGCGGCAUCGGUGGUUUGAACGAGCAGAUUCGCGAGCUUCGAGAGGUGAUUGAGCUACCGCUGAAGAAUCCUGAGCUUUUCCUGCGAGUUGGUAUCAAGCCGCCAAAGGGAGUGCUGCUAUACGGACCACCGGGAACAGGAAAAACGUUGCUAGCCCGUGCUGUGGCGAGCAGUCUGGAGACCAACUUCCUGAAAGUCGUAUCAUCCGCAAUCGUCGACAAGUACAUCGGAGAGUCUGCACGGCUUAUUCGCGAGAUGUUCGGCUAUGCGAAAGAACACGAGCCAUGCAUCAUCUUCAUGGAUGAGAUAGAUGCGAUCGGAGGACGGAGGUUUUCGGAAGGUACCUCUGCCGACCGUGAGAUUCAGCGUACUCUGAUGGAGCUGCUUAACCAGCUCGACGGUUUCGACUACCUUGGACAAACAAAGAUUAUCAUGGCGACCAACAGGCCAGAUACCUUAGACCCUGCCCUUCUGCGAGCUGGCCGUUUGGACCGAAAGAUUGAGAUUCCGCUUCCAAACGAAGUGGGCCGCUUGGAGAUUCUCAAGAUUCACGCCAGCGGGGUACAGACCGAGGGGGAGAUCGACUUUGAGAGCAUUGUGAAAAUGAGCGACGGAUUCAACGGCGCCGAUCUGCGGAAUGUGGUUACAGAGGCCGGUCUUUUCGCUAUCAAGGACUACAGAGAUGCAAUCAACCAGGACGACUUCAACAAAGCGGUUCGCAAGAUGGCUGAGUCGAAGAAGUUGGAGGGCAAGCUGGAGUACCAGAAGCUAUAGAGUGGGCGGUGCCAUGCGGCGUGUGUGAGAUCUCGAAAUAGAAAUGAAGCAUCACGUGUACUUAUUACCAUUUACCUGAUGCUCUUAUUUACGAGAUGUGUAGAAUUAUGGAUACGCUAAACUGAGUGGUAUCGCGCCUAGUUCCCGAACAAUAUCAUCGAUGUGAUCCGC